CGCCGAGGCGGGCGCGGCGGCGGGGCCUGGGCAGGCGGGGGUUACCGGGGAGAAGAGCAUCGUGUCCCAGCGCCGCAGGCAGGCAUCACUGACCUGGAGUGGCCGAGGUCGGGAAAUGUUCGAAGGGGCUUUGUCUCACAGGCCCACACAGCCUGCAUUUCAGCCAGCCUCUGUGCCCUCCUGACAACAGGCCAGUAUGCCCAAGAUAACCUUGAACGGCGUGACGGUGGAUUUCCCUUUCCAGCCAUACAGAUGCCAAGAGGAGUACAUGACCAAGGUUCUGGAAUGCCUGCAGAAGAAAGUGAACGGCGUUUUAGAGAGCCCCACAGGCACAGGGAAGACCCUGUGCCUCCUCUGCACCACGCUGGCCUGGCGGGAACACCUCCACGAGGCCAUCUCUGCCCGCAAGAUUGCUGAGAGGGCACAAGGGGAGCUCUUCUGCGAUCGCGCCUUGUUGUCCUGGGGAAAGGCUGCUUCGGAUGGAGACACCACAGCUUGCUAUACGGACAUCCCAAAGAUCAUUUAUGCCUCCAGGACCCACUCGCAGCUCACACAGGUCAUCAGCGAGCUUCGGAACACCUCCUACCGGCCCAGAGUGUGUGUGCUGGGCUCCCGGGAGCAGCUGUGUAUCCACCCUGAGGUGAAGAAGCAGGAAAGUAAUCACAUGCAGGUCCACUUGUGCCGCAAGAAGGUGGCGAGUCGCUCCUGUCAUUUCUACAACAACGUAGAAGAGAAGAGCCUCGAGCAGGAGCUGGCCACUCCCAUCCUGGACAUCGAGGACCUGGUCAAGAGUGGGAACCGGCACAAGCUCUGCCCUUACUACCUUUCUCGGAACCUGAAGCAGCAGGCCGACAUCAUCUUCAUGCCGUACAACUACUUGCUGGACGCCAAGAGUCGCCGGGCACACAGCAUCGACCUAAAAGGAACAGUCGUCAUCUUUGACGAAGCUCACAACGUGGAGAAGAUGUGCGAGGAGUCGGCAUCCUUUGACCUGACCCCCCACGACGUGGCUUCUGGACUGCACGUCAUAGACCAGGUUUUGGAGGAGCAGACCAAGGUGGCACAGCAGGGCAACCUCUGCCUGGAGUUCAGCGCAGACUCCAGCAGCUCAGGGCUGAACAUGGAGCUGGAAGACAUCGCAAAGCUCAAGAUGAUCCUGCUUCGCCUGGAGGGGGCCAUCGAUGCUGUCGAGCUGCCUGGAGAUGACAGUGGCGUCACCAAGCCAGGGAGCUACAUCUUUGAGCUGUUUGCUGAAGCCCAGAUCACAUUUCAGACCAAGGGCUGCAUCCUGGACUCCCUGGACCAGAUCAUCCAGCACCUGGCAGGACGUGCGGGGCUAUUCACCAACACGGCGGGAUUGCAGAAACUCGCGGACAUCAUCCAGAUCGUGUUCAGCAUGGACCCUGCCGAGGGUGGCCCCAGGUCCAUGGUGGGGCCAGGCAUCUCUCAGUCCUACAAGGUGCACAUCCACCCUGACACCAGUCACCGGAGGACGGCUCAGCGGUCAGAUGUCUGGAGCACCACAGCGGCCGGAAAGCAAGGGAAGGUGCUCAGCUACUGGUGCUUCAGCCCAGGUCACAGCAUGCGUGAGCUGAUCCGCCAGGGUGUCCGCACCCUCAUCCUCACCAGCGGCACGCUGGCCCCCGUGUCCUCCUUCGCCCUGGAGAUGCAGAUCCCUUUCCCAGUCUGCCUGGAGAACCCACACGUCAUCGACAAGCACCAGAUCUGGGUGGGAGUCGUCCCCAAAGGCCCAGACGGAGCCCAGCUGAGCUCCGCAUUUGACAAACGCCUCCUGACUUUGUGCAGGUUCUCUGACACAUGCUUGGCCUCCCUGGGGAAGGCGCUAGGCAACAUCGCCCGCGUGGUCCCCCAUGGGCUCCUGGUCUUCUUCCCUUCCUACCCCGUCAUGGAGAAGAGCCUGGAGUUCUGGCGGGCCCGGGACUUGGUCAGGAAGCUGGAGGCCCUGAAGCCUGUGUUUGUGGAGCCGAGGCGCAAAGGCGGCUUGUCAGAGGUAAUGGAUGCUUACUACACGACAGUUGCCUCCUCUGGGUCCAGCGGGGCUGCCUUCCUGGCUGUGUGCCGGGGAAAGGUCAGUGAAGGGCUGGACUUUGCAGACACGAAUGGCCGUGGUGUGAUCGUCACAGGCCUCCCGUACCCUCCAUGCAUGGACCCCCGGGUUGUCCUCAAGAUGCAGUUCCUGGAUGAGAUGAAGGGCCAGGGUGGGGCCAGGGGCCAGCAGUUCCUUUCUGGGCGCGACUGGUACCGGCAGCAGGCGUCCAGGGCUGUGAACCAGGCCAUCGGGCGGGUGAUCCGGCAUCGCCAUGACUAUGGGGCCGUCUUCCUCUGCGACCACAGGUUCACCUUUGCAGACGCCAGAGCCCAGCUGCCCUCCUGGGUGCGCCCCUACGUCAGGGUGUACGACAGCUUCGGCCACGUCAUCCGAGAUGUGGCCCAGUUCUUCCGCAUUGCUCAGAAAACCAUGCCAGUGCCAGCCCCCCUGGCUGCUGCCCCGAGUCUGAUUGAGGGAGAAGGCGCCAGCACAGUGAUCAUGUCGCCCAGCCCCCUGUCCACCAGGAAAGCCAGGAGUCUGGACGUGCACGUCCCUAGCCUGAGGCAGAGACCCACAGGAUCGCCAGCAGUCGGGGAUGCCGAGGGCAGCCUGUGUGUGGAGUAUGAGCAGGAGCCGGUCCAUGCCCAGCAGAGGCCCAUGGGGCUGCUGGCCGCACUAGAACAUAGCGAGCAGCUGGCCAGAGGGCCUGGGGAUGAGGCCCUCCCCCAGGAGGAGGUACAACAUCGCUCUACUUUGUCCCUCCCGAGUGAGAAGAGGCCUGCAGAUGAGCAGAGAGGAGGGAGGAAGAAGAUCAGGCUGGUCAGCGGUCAGCAGGAGGGGCCGGCCGCCGGUGCACAGGCAGGCAGGGCCAAGCUGUUCAUGGUGGCUGUGAAGCAGGCGCUGAGCCAGGCCAGUUUCGACACCUUCACCCGGGCCCUGCAGGACUACAAGGGCUCUGACGACUUCGAGGCCCUGGUGGCCUGCCUCCACCCCCUUUUUGCUGAGGACCCCAAGAAGCACAGCCUGCUCCGAGGCUUCUACCAGUUCGUGCGGCCUCACCACAAGCAGCAGUUUGAGAAGGUGUGCAUCCAGCUGACAGGCCAAGGCUGCGGCUGCCAGCCGGAGCACAGCCUUCCCCGGAGGCAGCAGGCACGGCCAGCCCUGGACCCUAGCGGAAGGAGGGAGCCUGACCCCAAACUGACCCUGUCCCAGGGCGCAGCCAGGCAGCUGGACCCCAGAGAACACCUGAACCAGGGCCGGCCCCACCUGACCUCCAGGCCGCCCUCUGCAGGAGUCCCCAGCAGCUGUCCACAAGAGGGGUGUGGAGCCCCUGGAGCAGAGAAGCAGGGCCAGCCCACUGUGAGCGCCUACCUGGCCGAUGCCCGCAGGGCCCUGGGGUCUGCAGGCUGCAGCCAGCUCCUGGCGGCGCUGACCACCUACAAACGGGACGAUGACUUUGAGAAGGUGGUGGCUGUGGUGGCUGCGCUUACCACGGCAAGGCCGGAGGACUUGCCCCUGCUGCAGAGGUUCAGCAUGUUCGUGCGCCCACACCACAAGCAGCGCUUCCGGCAGACGUGUGCCGACCUGACUGGCCUGCCCACCCCAGGCACGGGCACCGAGUUGCCACGACCCGGGGAGGGGAGCCCCGCCAUGCCUCCCAACCCCACUGGGCCAGGUUCCUCACAGCCGGAGAAACCGGGGAAGACCCAGAGCAAGAUCUCCUCCUUCCUUAGACAGAGGCCAGCAGGGGGUGCAGGGGCUCCCAGCCGUCCCCCUGGGGCCCCCCUCGGGCACGCACAGUCUGAGUGGGCAGGCUCCGCGUGCCCGGGCUGCGGGGUGGAGGACGCCGUCCUCUUCCAGUGCCCCUCCUGUGACUUCCACUGCUGCCGGGCCUGCUGGCGACGGCACCUCCAGGGCUCUAGGACAUGCCCGGCCUGCCACACUGCUGCCAGGAGACAGAGUGUCACGCAGGUCUUCUGGCCGGAGCCCCGGUGAAUGUGGAGACCCUCAUCCCUGCAGGCUCUGUGAAGGCUGAGGCCGCGCCACCCCAGACGCAGCUUGGACACUUGCCUGUGGUUGGGGGGUGGGCCAGGCCCAGCACAGCAACCCCUUGGCCAAGAGCCCACCGGACAGGGAGGCCAGUCCAGUGCCCCCAGGACACCCUGAGACUGCAGCAGGAUCUGAGCCCGCGUGCGAGAAGCUCUGAAGCCACCUUGGGGUCUGGGGUGGGUCAGCUGGAAGGUGUUUCCAGAUCUUUCCUUGGUUGCUGGCUUGUGGCUGGAGCCCCAGGGACUUCACAGCUGAGCCCACUAUCAGGAAGGAGGGGGUGCCCUCUGCUCCCUCCUUAGGGGGACAGUCUUGGGGGCCUGUGCGUGAGCAGGGGUCCUGCUUUUAAUCAGGUGACAGGGCUCUCCCUAAUAAAGCUGCUGGCACUAUUGGAAUGCCA